GGAAGUGUGCGGCUCUGCGGACACCGGCGCCGGAAGGUCAGCGUGUGAAGGAGUCGGCGGUAACGUGCGUCCGCCCGCUGUUCCUGAGGAGCGACGGCCGAGCGCACGGCCGCGGCCUGAGGCGGUGGUGAGGGUGCCGGCCGGUUUGCUGCGAGACCAUGGAGGGCGGCGGGGGGAGCGGCAACAAAACCACCGGCGGGCUGGCCGGCUUCUUCGGGGCCGGCGGCGCUGGCUACUCGCACGCGGAUUUGGCCGGAGUCCCGCUGACUGGUAUGAGUCCUCUCUCUCCCUAUUUAAGUGUGGAUCCACGGUAUCUUGUGCAGGAUACAGAUGAAUUUAUUUUACCCACUGGAGCUAAUAAAACCCGGGGCAGAUUUGAACUGGCCUUCUUUACCAUUGGAGGAUGUUGUAUGACAGGGGCUGCAUUUGGGGCAAUGAACGGUCUACGGCUAGGAUUAAAAGAAACCCAGAACAUGGCCUGGUCCAAACCAAGAAACGUACAGGUUUUGAACAUGGUGACAAGGCAAGGGGCUCUUUGGGCUAAUACUCUAGGUUCUCUGGCUUUGCUUUAUAGUGCGUUUGGUGUCAUCAUUGAGAAAACACGAGGUGCAGAAGAUGACCUCAAUACAGUAGCAGCUGGAACUAUGACGGGCAUGUUGUAUAAAUGUACAGGUGGUCUUCGAGGGGUAGCGCGAGGUGGUCUGGCAGGACUGACACUUACUAGCCUCUAUGCACUAUAUAACAACUGGGAGCACAUGAAGGGCUCCUUGCUGCAACAGUCACUCUGAAGAUUCUGCCAGCUGUGACUAGAGGACACUUUAGUAGUCAUCCAGAGCAAUUUAUGAGUCAGUCUGGAGUUCUCUCCUAUACCUACAAAUAGUUUGAAAAAUUGUGCAGAUUUCCGAAUUGCUGUGAUGAAGAUGAUUGACUAGACUGGCUUUCCUUCCAGCCAUUAGUGAGUUGAAGCUAAAACGCUUUGGUGGCUGAGUAAUAUGGUUCUUUUUCAAGAUCUUGCACCUGUUCUCUUUGUUACCUCCUGAACUGGAAAACCACUUACUCCCAUCAUUCAGGUCAUUCUUGUUGUCAGUACUAUAUCACCAUGUUUGUUCACUUAAAAGAUCCAAGACUGUAAGAUUGCCUUGUAUUCCAAUAAAGUGUGAAAAACCAAAGUCCA